UAUUUUAUUUGAAUAGACAUGUUUAAUUAAAAUUUGUCAAUUAUCCAAGAUAUUGUCACGAUAAUUCUUUUUUCAAAGAUAUUUUUUAAGAAAUAAUUUAAUCUAAAUCACUCUAUCAAAUUCAAAUAUUUUCUUAUAUUCUUAUAUUUUAUACUACUCGAUCCAAUAAUAAAUAAUGUCACGUACAUCAGAAAAUUCAAAAGAAUUAAACGAAUUAGAUUGGAUUAGUGUACGUGCUAAAUUGAAUGAUGAUUAUACAUCUGAAACACUCAAAGAAAAAAUGAUACGUAAAGUAAAAGAAAAUCCUAUAAUACCUUUUGGUAUUCUAGCAACAACAAGUGCUCUUUCUUAUGGUUUAUACUCUUUUUAUAUGGGAAAUAAUAAAAUGUCUCAAUUAAUGAUGCGUACUCGAGUUGGAGCACAAAGUUUCACUCUUUUAGCUAUCAUUGGUGGUUGGAUUAUUAUAGAUUAUAGAAGAAAAAAUAACUAAUGUAUUUUUGUAAUGUAUAAUGUAUUAUCAUUUAUUUAUUUGCUUAAUGAUUAUUAAUUAAAUAGUCAAAUAUAAAUUAAAUCCUAUUGAAUAAUAAAUAUCAUUAUAUGUACAAUUGUAUAUUCAACUGUAAUUUUUAUUUAAUAAUCUAAUUUAAUAGAAAAAUUUAUAAUAAAUGUUUUAUAAACUAACAUUAAAAAUAUUUGAAUAUUAACAUUUCAUAUUA